AUGGAAGAGGAUCUCAGCAGCACUGCAGCUUGUGAGCUGGACAAGUAUAUAGAGGAUCACCUUCUUCCUGACACUACAUUUCUUACUGGGGUCAGAGCAGACAUUGACUUCAUAAGUGCUUUCCUGAAGGAGAGAUGCUUCCAAGGUGCCGCCCACCCUGUGAGGGUCUCCAGGGUUGUGAUGGGGGGCUCCUACGAUGAACACACUGCGCUGAAGGGCAGGUCAGAGGCCAACAUGGUGGUGUUAUUUAACAAUCUCACCAGCUUUGAGGAUCAGUUAAACUGGCAUGGAGAGUUCCUUGAGGAGAUUCAGAAACACCUGUGCCAGUUGCAGCAAGAGAAACAAUUUAAAGUGAAGUUUGAGUUCCAGAGCUCAGAGCGGCCCAACUCCAGGUCUCUGAGCUUCAAGCUGAACUCCCCUGAGCUCCAGCAGGAGAUGGAAUUUGAUGUGCAUCCAGCCUAUGAUGCCCUGUAUGAACUGAGAAACUAUAAGCACCUUGGAUGGGACGUCUACAACAUAAUCUAUGCCCAACUCAUCAGUGAGUGCACCGCCCUGAACAAGGAGGGAGAGUUCUCCAUGUGCUUCAUAGACCUCCAGCAAAAGUUCCUGAGGGAUCAGCCACCCGAGCUGUGGAAUGUCAUCCGUAUGGUCAAGCACUGGUAUCAACUGUGUAAGGAGAAGCUGAGGAAGCCGCUGCCCCCAGUGUACGCCCUGGAGCUGCUCACAGUGUAUGCCUGGGAAUGCGGGGUCAAAGACAGAUCUGGACUACAUGUAGCCCAGUGCUUCCGAAGUGUCUUAGACCUGAUCACUGACUAUUUGAGUCUUCUAGUCUACUGGAGAUGGUGUUGUGAAUUUAAACAUGAGAUCUCUGACUACCUGAACAGACAGCUCCAAAAAGACAGGCCUGUGAUCUUGGACCCAGCUGACCCAACAUGGAACGUGGCUGGUUCAAACAAACAGGCCUGGCACCUGCUGGCAAAUGAAGCUAUGAUCUGGACACAGUUGAUUUUCUUUGUGAACUCUGAUAUGUCCCUUUUGAGUGGCUGA